GCGACGCGGGCCUCCGGGCUCCAAGGUCGGGAGUGGAGCCUUGGGUGGCCCGGGCCCGCGCCCCGAGGCGUAGGCCGAAGGGGUUGUGCUCCGCUGGGAAGUGCGGGUCCUCCUAGCGCCCCUGUUGCCCGCUUGGUCUCCGGGCAGACGCCCCUGCGCGCCCGCUUUCCUUCAGCUCCGCGCAGGCAAGGCUGCUGGGGGACAGCGCGGGGCUCCGGCCGGGUCAACGUACCCGCCUGCCGCGUCCUGCCGUGCGACCCUGGUGAGUGAGUCCUGGCCUCUCCGGGGAGACCUCCUGUCAGUGGAGGACGAGAAUGGCGCGCGUACUUUUCAAGAGACUCGUGAAGAGCAGAAGAGUGAAUAAAGUGCUUAGUGUGUAAUAGAGAAGAAUUGGAAACAACUCGAAUGCAUUACUUGGGUAUUGGUUAAGAAACCCAAGUACACCCAUACCACGAGUGUGUGUCUAGAUGCCAGCCCAGCCACCACAGGGGAUCCCUCUGGGAGAUUGAAAGGGUCAGCUGAGGCGGACCAGCCCUGAGCUUUAGGCCAGGGGAAUGGCAUCCCCCUGGGAGCACCAGGACCAGGCUCCUGAGGAGGGAGAAGGACUUCUGAUUGUGAAGGUGGAAGAUUCCUCCUGGGAGCAAGAAUCUGUCCAGCAGGAAGACAGCAAGGAUUCUGAGGCCUGCCGCCAGCGCUUUCGUCAGUUCUGCUAUGGGGAUGUGGGUGGGCCGCAUGAAGCCUUCAGCCAGCUCUGGGAGCUCUGCUGCCGUUGGCUUAGGCCUGAACUGCACACCAAGGAGCAGAUUCUGGAGCGGUUGGUGCUGGAGCAGUUUCUGACAGUGCUGCCAGGGGAGAUCCAGGCCCAGGUGCGGGGACAGCUCCCAGGGAGUGGCGAGGAAGCUGUGGCCUUGGUGGAAGACCUACAGAAGCAGCCAGUGAAAGCCUGGCUGCAGGAUGUGCCCUCAGAGGAGGUGGAACCUGAGUCUGCAGUCCAGAGAUCCCAGGCCAGGGGGCCUCUGCUGAUGGUGGGGGCAUGGAGCCAGCCGCCUGUACCCCAGGAGCAGCAUAGCCACAAUGCCCAGCUUCCUGCUCUUCUUAAAGAGGAUAAUACCAGAGAGACCACAGAUGCCUGCUUUGCCUCUGGGGUCCAUGGACCUGUAGCAUUGGGAGACAUUCCCUUCUAUUUCUCACGGGAAGAAUGGGGUUCUCUGGACCCUGCCCAAAGGAAUCUCUUCUGGGACAUAAAGCGGGAGAAUUCCCAGAAUGCUGCCCUGGGUUUGGGGCUCAAAAGCCAGAGCUCGAAGACCCAGCUGGAGGAGGCAGUGCUGGUGCUUCCGCGCCAGACAGGCAGUGAGGUGUCUGUAUCCUGGAGCCCUGAAGAGGCUGAGGCCUGGGAGAGUGAGAACCGGCCAGGAGCAGCUGUAGGCCAGCUGGUAGGGGUACGGCGGGGUCGGCCACCCACUCGCAGGCGUCAGUUUCGGGACCUAGCUGCGGAGAAGCCUCACAGCUGCGGGCAGUGCGGUAAGCGCUUCCGCUGGGGCUCGGACCUGGCACGGCACCAACGCACACACACAGGUGAAAAGCCACACAAGUGCCCCGAGUGCGACAAGAGCUUCCGCAGCUCCUCUGACCUGGUGCGUCACCAGGGUGUGCACACGGGUGAGAAGCCCUUCUCCUGCUCUGAGUGUGGCAAGAGCUUCAGCCGCAGCGCCUACCUGGCAGACCACCAACGCAUCCACACGGGCGAGAAGCCCUUCGGCUGCAGUGACUGUGGUAAGAGCUUCUCCCUGCGCUCCUACCUGUUGGACCACCGGCGUGUUCACACUGGCGAGCGGCCCUUCGGCUGUGGCGAGUGUGACAAGAGCUUCAAGCAGCGUGCUCACCUCAUUGCCCACCAGAGCCUGCACGCCAAGAUGGCCCAGCCCGUGGGGUGAGUGGCCAAUGGGAACUGGAUGAGCAAGGCAGGUGCUCCCUGUGACCCCUCCUUGUCCACACUGAGGAUUCUCCACUGGUUUUCCACCACUGCCAGGCCUGCAUAGGGGCAGGGGCAUCCCUCAGAACUAGCCGGCCCUGCUCCCAUUGAGUGGAAAUUCUGCUACCUUGUCUUCCUCUUCUUGCUCUGUUCCCCCCCACCUCUAGUUUCCUGGAGUCUGGAACUUUCCUGGCUGGGGCAUGAAGUAAUUGAGGACUCAGGCAGGGCCUAGGGCUAUGUCCCAGGACCCCCUCAGCCUUGCCUGGCCAGUGUCUCUUUGUUCCCUACCUUCUCAGGUGGGUCUGUAAGCCAGCUCCUCUGCCCUACCAGCCUGUGCCUUCCAGUGGGUAUGGAGAACCCGCCUUGGCACCAGGGGCUGCUGGACUUUGGGAGGGACAGUCAGCCCACACCUAGGAGAAUCUGGGUCUUGGGUGUGCCCACAGGAGCUUUUCAGCUAUCAUCAUCUCCUGCUUCCAGACCUGGCCUGGCCACAGAGGCUGCCUACCUUUGCUCUUGGCAGACUCACCCUUCCGCGGCAGGCCCCUGAGAACCACCCAUCUACUUUUCUGGAGGUGGUGGCAGUGGCUCUGGCAAUUGGAGGCCAACCAGGAAAUCAAGAACAGGGUGGGUAGAGGUCCCCUACUGUCCACUUUUCCAGAGGCAUGUUCUUUGUGGUACUUAACACUAAUGCUCCAUCAGUACUCAGCACCUUGUUGCUGACUCCUCAAGCACUGCAUUCCAUUCUGUUGUCUGUAUCCUCUGCAGGUCUGUAUGUGUAAUAACACAUACAGACUAGGGGCUCCCAGAGAGCUCAACUUUGAGGGUUCCAGAAGGGUCUGAAUAAAUGUGGAAACUUCUCUCUA